AUGUGCAAAACAAUUUCAGGCUGUCCAUCGGAUGUGGAUGAAUUGCCACAAUGUUCAAAACCUUGUCCUUCUAACUGUGAGCAAUGUUACCCCAAAACAGGGAUAUGUGCAAAUUGCCAACACGGUUAUAAAGGAUAUGCCUGUGAAUUAAUGUGUAUCGCUGUUGCAAAUGUCAUUGUAACCCCAGCAAGCGCUAUAAAUAGUUCUUACGAUGCGAUGUUUUCAUCCAGUGGUCUGACAUUUCCGUCAUCUGGAGAUGUUGAAGUUGUGGAUAUCUACAUGACCUUAUCCGACCAGUUUAAUGAUAUUUCAAAUAUGUCUGUCAGAGUUGACAAUGCAAUGAAUUUCGAUGUUGUUCUGUUGGAAAAUGAUAUACAAUCAACAAAGUUCCACGUUCCGAACUAUGGUCCACCACAAGGGAUAUUGACUGUUCAGAAUAGUAUGAACACCAAAGUGUAUGCCAUACAGAUAAGUGUUUUGUUCCAAAAACCAUUCACAAUCUCAAAUGUUAAAAUGCCUUUGAGGAAGUGCGUAAAGAGAAUUACAAAAGCUUGA